UCUGCACACGAGUGACACCAAACAGCAGAUUUUAACCAGCAGUCGCCUUUGUUUUACGAGUGAAGUUUUAUCCAGUUCUGGCAUAGUCCUGUUUAUUGGACAAGAAGCUCUUUUCAACACAUUGAAGAACUUAUGUGGGGCAAAGAGACGUCCCGAGUGGAAACAGGGUGUGUUAUCUAAGCUUAAAAGUAGACAACUAGAGACUGGGGGGGAUGGGGCCAAAAAGGCAAAAAUAAUCCCCAAACAAACCAACCAACCACAAAACUUAAAGUUUUGGAUAAAUUCCAGGGCAUCUUCAGAAGUUUUGCUCAUGAAAACAAAACCACUAAUCUGUAGCUACUGAUUUGCGUGUGUCUUAGCGAUCAAAAGUGAACCUGUAAGGCAGCUCAGAAAACACGCACCUCGGUCUGCUCUGCUCUCAAACACAGGACCGCUGCAUUCGGUGGCCCUAAAGACAAUAUUGAGUAGACCGGUUGUCCCAGUUUCUCAUUAGCGGUUCAUCAUUUGUAAUCCAACCUUCACUGCAGGAAGAGAACGAUGGGAGCGAGUCGUGUCACCCCGAACGCCCCGAGGACGCGUCGCUGCUGUUUGUGCCGCUGGAUGUCCAGCCGACCAUUGUGGGUCAGACAAAUACAGUAGAAAAUAGAAAUCAAUUGUACGCAUUCAGUGCACAUUAUUGAUGAGCAGGAAUGAAAAGGGCUUGAUCUCUGGAGAAUAUUUCCACGACUGAAUGAUUUCUGUGGUGGUUGACCCUGAGCUAAGGAAAUAGAACAGGCGUUCAAGUUUGGGGGAUGUUUUGCGGCAAACCCGCCACCAGUGAAAGGCACCGAGGUGGCUUUAGACCUGGAAGAGAAAUGAGUAUUCUUUCCUCGCAUCGCUAAUUAUUUUGUUCCUAAGCGCUGAAUGUUGGUUAGGACAGUUAAUGUACAUCUGCAAAAUGUCUGCACCAAGGUAAAGAGCAGCGUCGGUGCUAUCAAAUCCUCCUUUGCGCUCCAAUUCACGUCGUUGCCGCUCGACUUGUGCGGUCGCUGUUUGGCUGCCGUACCGUUUCCCGCGAGGUCACGCGUCCCAGAACAUCAGAUGCAGAUCGUUCGAGGUGUGGGAAACGUCUGAGCCCGCUGCGGGUGCUGUUCUGCUGGGGCCCGGCACUAAAGGGCGUUUGUGCCGCCGCUGGGUGGGUGAAGAUCAGCUGAAGGGAUUUCGAGCUGCAGAUUCUUCAUUUCGAGCUUUCUAAACGAGGUUCUCUCGCUGGUCAGAGUUGAACGACGCUGGGAGCGGUAACAGACCGAACCGCAGAUCGAUUUUCUCCUCGCUCCAUCCCCAGCGAAUAUAAAUUCAAUGUGCAAAGCUCGUGCUCCAUCACUUGUUCCUGUAGCAAAAUAAACAGCUUAGAAUGUGAAAUUUCCUCGGCCGGAGGGAAGAUGGUGGGGGUUAUAACUUCUUCCCAGACACCACAGAUCUUUAACUUUACACAUUUUUGCAAAGAAAGGUAGGUUUUAAUUUUAAUUUGCUGUUUAUUUUUAAUUUAUCUUUAAAAAAGGUGCAACUUGCGUAUUUAUAAACUGAUUGGCAGGAGUAUUUCCAUGUUUGGCAGGCUGCCUUAACAGCAAGUUUUCUCUAUAGCCGUCAGUAUUGCAGCCGUAAGACUGCAACUCCCAUUUGAUUUCUUAACACUCCUGCUUUACAGGUGAAAAUUAACGCUAUUUCCAUAGAAAACACCACUGAAAAGGAAUUUAGAAUCUUGUCCCACCAGCUUUUACAGUGUUUGAUGCUUUUCUUCUCUCCUACAUUUUAGUGUUAAGAUGGCAGAAUAAUAAUGGGAGACUGGAAUUUCCUCGGAGGCAUUUUAGAGGAGGUCCACAUUCAUUCCACCAUUAUUGGCAAGAUUUGGUUAACUAUUCUCUUCAUAUUUCGAAUGCUGGUCCUCGGGGUGGCGACCGAAGAUGUUUGGAACGACGAACAAUCCGAAUUUAUAUGCAACACUGAGCAACCCGGUUGCAGAAACGUGUGCUACGAUGAGGCCUUUCCCAUCUCUCUCAUAAGAUACUGGGUCUUGCAAGUUAUAUUCGUGUCUUCCCCUUCCUUGGUGUACAUGGGUCAUGCUUUAUACCGGCUGAGAGCCCUGGAGAAAGAGAGGCAGAAAAAGAAAGCUCAGAUAAGAGUGGAACUGGAAAGCACUGAGUUAGAAAUGACCGAAAAUCGGAAAAGGCUGGAGAGGGAGCUCCGGCAACUGGACCAAAGGAAGCUGAACAAGGCGCCGCUGCGAGGGUCUCUGCUCUGCACCUACGUGGUGCACAUCUUCACCAGGUCUGCCGUGGAGGUCGGGUUUAUGAUCGGCCAGUAUCUUCUGUACGGCUUCCAUCUAGAUCCCCUGUACAAGUGUCAGAGAGACCCGUGUCCAAACACAGUCGACUGCUUCGUAUCGAGACCGACGGAAAAGACCGUGUUCAUAUUAUUCAUGCAAUCGAUAGCGACUGUGUCGUUGCUUUUAAAUAUCCUCGAAAUUAUCCACCUAGGAUUCCGAAAAAUUAAACUGGGACUCUGUGGGCACAAUAAACACAAGGACGACCCUGACAAUUCCUACGGAAACAAGCCCAAGAAGUACUCGGUGAUACCGCACCCGUCUUUGGGAAUAUCCACCACCCCGCAGAAAACGCUUCCUUCUGCGCUUAGCGGUUACACCUUCCUGAUGGAAAAGCAAACUGAUGCUGCCAUCUACCCCGUCCUAAAUUCUCCUCCCACGUUUCAGUCUGUGCAAAAUAACCGUACGGAAAGCAGCAGCAACUACACAUGUCGCAAUCAGGAGUAUAAAUCGCCAAAGAGGCCGGCUACAAACGCUUCAGACAAUCAGACUCCAAAUAUUAGCACAAAUAAUAACGAUGCCUUGCUUGGCAAACUGGAUGCUCAAAAAGAAGCUGAAAGGAAACACUUCCCCGUUGGUGCUCAGAGUGCAGACAUCGCUUCGAGAGGCUUCGCUGAAGCGCCACCUCAAGCUUUGCUGCAGCCCGACACAGCUCAGCCCGUCACUGCUUUCAGAAGACAACACAGAAUCGGUUCAUCUCGGAGCUGCUCGGCGACGGCCGAGGGCGCAGGAGCUUCAGCUAAUUCUCUUCCCAAGAACAGCAACCGAAGGCAGAGCAGCCUCGGCGCAAGCACAGCCCAAAGUCACAGCGCUGGCGCCAAGACCUGCAGCCGACCAGCCACUCCGGAGUCCCCCGGGGAGGCGAGCUCGGGGUCCCACGAGAGCCGGAGCCGCGGGAGCCCCCGGCCGGCCCUGCCCCGGCGCCCCUCGCUCUCCAGCAACGCCAGCAGCCGACGGGCCCCCACCGACCUGCAGAUAUAGCGGGGGAGCCCCCGAAUCGCGCCCGUCGACACUGGGGUUGUCGGAACGCCGCGACACGAGCCCGCCCUGUGUAAGAGCAUCGCCCAGCUUUAACCACCGGCCCACGACGAUGGAAAAGUUGUGGAGAGCGGUGAAUAUUAGCGGAGUAACGUCUGAACGGUCUCUUUGCUUCCUGUGUGAUGAGAGGCGGCUUGGGGCUCGGCAUAUGAACUUCCACAGCACCCUUCGGCUAAAAAGGGAAACGUACAUUGUGUAAAUCCACAUAUUAGGAAAAGUCGGGCGUAAAAUCACAGCUGAUGCUCUUUAAACGGAAAAAGAAAAAAGCUAGAAAUCAAACCUUACAGUCUAACAAUAUAUUUUACAAAUGUAAAUGAAAUUAAGCUAAAGAUGGCACUGGUGCUCUCAGCGGAAAUUAACUAUCGGUAAACAUGUUUUUGCUUAAUCUCUGUAGGAAUUCAAGCAGAUAUUUGAUUGCUGGCUGAAGGCAGAACACCAGGCGUAUCCCCCCGCUCCAGCUGGGCUAAAUACAGAAGGAACAGACCAUCUGAUACACGUAUCACUAAUUCUCUGGCCCCGCGGUCCCUUUACGCUUUCUUUUCAGUGUAUCACCACUGGCUUCCCCCGCGGAAAUCAGAGCGAGUCUCUCAUUGUGCGCUAUCGCCACUAAAUCCACUAUCGCCAUUUGUAAAUGAGCUGUGAGCUUUAAAAGUGGGAUUUCGCAUCACACUACCAAGCUAGCGAAUUUUUUUAACCAGAAAACACACCACUGAAAUGUAUAGAUCAGAAAUGUUGGAUUUCCCAAACCAGAAAGCUCACUAUGGUAAAAAAUAAGUAAUUUUAAAGCAUGGUGGCACCUUGCUGCUUUCAGUGUCAAAAACCAUAGAAAAGGUGUUUCAAAGUGUAAACCCACUCCUUCUCCGAACAAUACGGGGUCUGUUUGUCUCUCCCCUGAAUUCUAACAUUACUGCAAGCAUUAUGGCCCUGUCCACACAAGAAAUAUGCAUUAGUACUAUUAAAUCUGUUCACUGGACACUCCUCUCCAGCAGCUGCUCUUGUCACCUCUAGUGUUGCUCUACACGUAUCCGUACAUACAAACCCACGUAAUUCUGCUGACACUGUACAAUUUAACGUUGUUUGAUACACAGGAAUUUAUAUAAAUGUAUAGCACGAUUUAGCUGAGUUAAUACUGCUACUGUGGCUUGAGACCUAAGUUUCUGUGGGUGAUAACUGUGCUAAUGCAUGUUUUGUAUCUAAAAUCUCUGCAAUAAAAAGCCUGGU